AUGUUAAUUAAGAUUAUUUUAUUCUUCUUUAUCUUUCAAAUAUCUUACACAUAUAAAGCAAAUCCAACAUCAUGGUUAUGUAUAGAUUCAACAAAUCAAUUAUCAAAUACAUUUCCAUCAUGUUUACCCGGUUAUGUUAUUGAUAUUGAACAUGUUUAUUAUGAAUCAACGAAUGAUAAUUCAUGUAAUGGUAUAACAUUAUGUCGAAUUGAAAAUAAAAAUACAGUUUUAUUUGCAUGUAAUCGUAAACGAACAUGUCAUAUAGAUAUAAAUACAUUAAAUUUUCAUAUUAAUUCAACAUGUAGUACAACAAAAAGAUUAUAUAUUGAAUAUCGUUGUUUACCUAUUAUACAAGAACAAAAAGAUUAUUUAUGUGAAUCAUCAACAUCACGUCGUAUACGUGUUGGUGAUAUUAAUUUAUCAUGUGAAAGAAAUUAUCGUUUACAUAUAACAAAAGCAUUAAUUGGUAUUAGUUUAAAAUCAUCACAAGAUGAAAUAAAUAAUAAAAAUCGUUUUAAAUGUAAUAAAGAUACACAAACAACAUGUAUUUAUAAUAUACCAAAUGCAUAUUAUGAUGUUUGUAAUAGUCAAUUAAAAGAUGGGAAUGAUGAUCAAUGUAAAAUCAGAUAUAAUGAACGGCCAACAUUAAAAGAUUGUGAAUAUGGAAUGACAUCAAAUUUUUCAAUGGUAGAAUAUUUAUGUAUACCAGGUAAUGGUAUAAUUGAAGAUCUUCCUCGAUUUGAUAUUUGUUCAACAGAAAUAUCCGAACUUAUAUCUAUUGAUCGUGGUUUAUUACAUUCACCUAAAUAUCCUCAAGCAUUAGAUCAAUAUUUAUCAUGUAAAAAACAAUUAUUUGUUCCACGUGAAUCACGUUUACGUUUAUUUAUGCUUGAAAAAUCACUUGAAUAUUCUCAUGAAUUAAAUAUAAAUUUAUUAAAUACUGUACGAACAUUAGUUCGUAAUGAAUUAGUUGAUAUAAAUAUAACAAAUCAAAAUAAUGAUGAAUUAGUUCAAUUUGAAUUAAAAACAAAUCAUGUUGGUGGUGGACAAUUUUUACUUUAUUUUCAAAUUGAUUCACGUUUAUCAGAAUAUGCACCAUUUAUUCUUGAACCUCAGAAACAUACGAAUGUUGAUGAUCAACGUGGAAAAACAUUAUUAAAACGAGAUUGGAGAAUUAUUAUUGGAUGUGCAAUUGGUCUUCUUUUUGUUCUUAUUCUUAUAGCUAUUAUAUUUAUUGUACAUCGAAUCGUCAAACGUCGUCAAAUACGUGCUCGUCGAUAUUUAAAAAGUGAAGAUGAUCAUCGUCAACGACUUAAUACACCAACAAUAUCACCAACUCAUCAUCAUCAUCAUGGAAAAGAUCUUCAAAUUGAACAACCAUAUUUAACAUCAUCAUCACCAACAAUUCUUCCAUCAUCAUCAUUAAUAGUUAAUAAUCAUAAUCGACCAAAUUCAGCUUCAUCAACAACAUCAUCAAUAAUAAUACAUCAAAUGAAUGAUGGUCAAUCAGAUCGUGAAUCUCUUAUUAAACCAAUUAAUCAAAUACAAUCUCGUACGAAUGUAACAAAUACAGAUAUUGAUAAUUUUUAUGAAGAAAUUAAAGAACAACAACAACAAACAGCUUUAGCUUUAGGAAAAAAUAAUAAUGAUAUUAAAGGAAACAAAUCUUCACAACCAAUACGUGAUCAUCAUGAGAGUGAACAACGUUAUCAACGACCAUCUUCAUCAACUAAUAUGGAAUCAUCAAAUGUUAUUAAUGAAGAAAUAAAACAUUCAAGAAAACCAUUACCUAAAAUUCCUCCACAAAGGAUGGAUUUAAAGCAUUCAGAAGCAAAUGCGCCAUGA